AUGUCGCGUCCUUUCGAACCGAGGCAAUGGCUGACACUGCCUUGCGUGGCUUUUUCGACCAAGGUCGCCUCGCAGCAGGACUUGCUGAUGUGGCAGCUCUUAUGGACGGACGGCGACUUGACCACAGAAGCUGGUGCGCCCCCUGCCGAUGACAUGCUCCUGAUGGGGCUGAAUGCCACGGAGCGGAAGGUGGUCCACCAGCUGGCGGGCCUCAUCGGGCUGUACUCCGAGAGCAGGCUCCUUGACGAUGGCCAGGAGGGAGAUGACACAAAGCCGGACAAGGUGCUGCCCCCCCAGGCAUUGGCACUGCGCCCUCCAUGGAGCCUGCGCUGCCGUGCAGGAUCUUGUGCUGCACCGUUUUCUCUAUCUCAAGUACUGAAGUCCUCAGUGAUGGGCUCUAGGUGUAGCAAAGGCUGUCGAAGCUCGGAGACUGGAUCCUCCAGAGAAAAGGCGGUUUCCGCACAGCUUUAA